AUUUAUUAAUUGGUUGAAAUAAUCUAUAUCAAAAAUACAAGGUCAGAUAUGUGCUUGUCUCUUCAGAGUCCCAAGAUUUCUUAACAAAUACCAGAAUAGUAAUAAUAUUCAUAUCUUCUCACUUAGUUAAGAAAAGGAAAGACAAAGCGAUUCAAGAAGAAGAAAACAUGGGACUUGCAACACGACUUUGGAGCCUCCUCUUGCAUGCUGCACUUUUUAUAUUGUGUGUAGAGCAGAGCAGUGGCAGAAAAACGACAAUUGGAUCAAAGAAAGACAUUAUCAUCAAAGAUCAUGCUCAUUCAUCCUCCCACGGGCAUCACAUGACGACGAUGGAUGAUCCUUCACUUAACGUUUUCUUCACCCCGAACGACCUCAAAAUUGGGAAUACGAUUCCCAUAUACUUCCCUGAGAAAAACCUUUCCCUUUCGCCUCGAUUACUCACCAAAGAAGACUCAGAUUCCAUUCCAUUCUCUCUAUCGGAAUUCCCUUUUCUCCUCGACUAUUUCUUAUUCCCCAAAGAAUCCCCACAAGCUAAGGCCAUGGAGUACACUCUCAAGCAAUGCGAGCUGGAGCCCAUCCAAGGGGAGACCCGAUUCUGCGCGACCACGUUAGAGUCCAUGCUCGACUUUGCAUCGGAUCUAUUUGGGCCUGGCGUCCGAUUCCGGAUAUUGACCACGACCCCUUUGAAAAACUCGAGCGCGCUCUUGCAAAACUACACCGUUUUGGGGGAACCCAAAGAGGUGUUUGCUCCCAUAAUGAUCGGCUGCCAUACGAUGCCGUAUCCUUAUGCGGUUUUCUACUGCCAUAGCCAGGGGAAAGAGAGUAAGAACAAGGUGUUUGAGGUUUCGCUGGUGGGAGCCAACGGCGAGAGGGUGGAAUCGGCUGCGGUGUGCCAUAUGGAUACUUCCCGGUGGGACCGCGAUCACGUGUCCUUUCACAUGCUCGGGGUUGAGCCACGUAGUUCCCCUGUUUGCCAUUUCUUUCCUUCGGAUAAUUUAGUUUGGGUUCCUUUGACAUCUAGUGCUGUCUAAGGGGUAUGAUAAAAGAUGUUGUGCAAAGUAUUAAAAUGUCAACUGGUAUUUGUGUUAGCUACACAAUGGCUUGUUUUGUAUAUUAUUAAAUAUGUUCUGAGUGGAUUAUGAUGUAUGUAUUUAAUGCCCCUUUUAUUCACAUAACAUAAGAGAUAUGAGUUUGCCAAAGAAAAA